AGGAGCGACGGGUCAAAAAACACGGACGGUGGUGGUUCAAGAGGUUAUCAUUGUGCUCUGCUCCCAGCCUCCCACCAUGAUCCAAACUCUCACCUCGUCCUUGAUUUUCUAAAGCACCGUAAAGUUUGCGGCCAAGCAUUCAGGUGCAAAUCAGAAUUUGCUGUCCAGACGGCGAUUUUGAUCCAUAGUCGUUUAGUGAACUGUAAGUCUCUGAAAAGGUGCCGGCCUGAUUCCACAUGUAGCCUACAUAGUGGGCAGAUCCCUUUGGUUUGGGCACGUCUAGGCUUCUAAUAUGUGAACGGUCCAAAUUCGGUUCUGAAUUGCAAGUCACCUCAAGAAUUUACAUUCAAACGGAGCCCAGGGUUUCCAUAUUAUGGCUUCAAAAUUAUAGCGGGUUGCGCCUAUAAACUGGGCCUGGUGGAUUAUGCAGCUAUUGAUAUUGGUGUGAAGAGCUCAUUUGGCUUUUGGAAAAUAGACGAUGUUGACAAUAGCUUCUACACACAGCCGUUUCUUGUUAAAUAUUCUAGGCAAGAUAUUUAUCUAUCAGUUAUGGUGUCCUUCUACAUACCCAACAGCGAAGACGAGGGUCCAGCAACUUCUUCUGUUAUAUUGAAGUUCGAGCUCAUAUAUAUCCCAACACUGGGGAAUGCAUGGACUGACGUUCAAGAUUCAAGUGAUGAUACAGAUUUGAUCCCUGUCCAUGAAUUUAGGAUCCCACAUAGAGCACUCCUAGGCUUACACUCGUAUUGCCCUGUCCAUUUUGACGCAUUACACUCGGCGCUAGUGGAUCUGACAAUACACAUUGUCUACCUGAAAGCUGCUGUGACUAAAUCAUCACUGAAGCCGCUGGAACAAAGUUUUGGCUCAAAGUCAUAUGGUAUUGUGAAAGCAUCACUAAUAUCUAGGGAAAUACUUCUUGAAGAAGUGAAGAAGAUCAGUAAUGCUGUUGGUAGCACUCUUGAGGAUUUGGAUCGCACUGACUUAACCCUUGGUAAAUAUGAGACAGUUCAACCAUCAAAGUCAGCUUCGCCCAGUUACAGUUAUGGGCAGGGUACGCCCACAAAGUGUAGUCCCCAGAUGACUGGCAUCUUACGUGAUUUUCUUGAGAGUUCUGGGGUUGUGGUUGGAAGCACUGAUGAUAUCUUGCUGUAUACUCUAUCUGAGGAAGAAUUGUUUGAACUAUUUCAAAUUGUCAGCAGCCAACUCUCAUUUAUAUGGAAUGAGUUCUUGAAAUUCCAUAGGACACAUAAAGACAAGGUAAUGGGUUAUUUGCAUGAUAUGUGGGAUAUUAAUCGGAAAGCAGAAUGGUCAAUAUGGAUUAUUCAUUCAAAGAUUGAGAUUCCACAUCGCUAUUUGAGAAGCAUGAAUGACGACUCUCCUCGCCAUUUGAUUCGGAUUUCCAGUUCAAGAAAGGUCCAUCAUGAUCCUAUACAAAAUUCGAUGUCACAGGCUGAACUGCACAGGAAAAGUAUAGCACAAAUGAAGAUUAACACGCCGUCUGUUCAAGAUAUGCAUAUUUAUGCUGAUCCUUCAUGUAUACCUGUUGUCCGCAUAGAGCAGCAUGUCAUGGUUAUUCCGCAACAUUGUUCUAGCAAGGAUUUUCUAACAGAUGCUUCAGAACCAGCUCGUACUAUUGUGCCACCACCUCUACUACAAGGACAAUCAUUGGGGGAAGAAACUUGUGGUUUCAAGAGUGGACGCAUUUUACGAGCUGUCAUUUUUGUGCAUGGAUUUCAGGGGCAUCAUCUGGAUUUACGUCUUGUUAAGAACCAAUGGCUUUUGCUUGAUCCUGGGGCUGAGUGCCUAUUGUCUCAGAUAAAUGAGGAUAGAACGUCUGGGGAUUUUAAAGAAAUGGGUAGAAGGCUCGCUAAUGAAGUAGUGGCAUUCCUCAAAAGGAAGGUGGACAAGUACUCCAGAAAUGGAGGUUGCAAAGAGAUUAAGCUCAGUUUUGUCGGUCAUUCUAUUGGGAACAUUAUCCUCAGAAGUGCCCUCACAGAACCCAAAUUGCAGCCAUUUUUGAAGAACCUGUAUACAUACAUGUCCAUAUCGGGACCUCACUUGGGUUACUGGUACAGCCCAAAUUCUCUGUUCAACUCUGGCCUCUGGCUCAUGAAACGGCUCAAGGGCAUGCAGUGCAUGCAUCAGCUCACUUUCAGUGAUGACCACGACCCACAGAACACGUUCUUUUACAAGCUCUGCAAGCUGAAGACACUGGAGAACUUCAAGAACAUCAUCCUGGUAUCGUCACCGCAGGAUGGUUACGUCCCAUACCAUUCAGCAAGAAUCGACCUCUGCCACGCCUCGUCGUCAGAUAACUCGAAACGCGGGCAGGUGUUCACUGAGAUGCUGAACAAUUGCUUGGACCAGAUCCGGGCACCAACGUCGGAAACUCGGGUAUUCAUGCGUUGUGACGUGAUAUUCGACCAGUCCGCCCAAGGACGGAACCUGAACACCAUGAUCGGCAGAGCUGCGCACAUAGAGUUCCUGGAGAACGACAUCUAUGCAAGGUUCAUCAUGUGGUCCUUCCCAGAGUUGUUUCGGUGAUGAUGGUGAUGAUGUGCUCCUGGACCUGGAGAUGAUCUGAAUACGUAUCACACAAGUCAUUAUCCAUUACAGUAUAUAACCGCAGCAUUCGUGUUGUUUUUAAUGAAUUUUAGAUGCGAGACACAAUUUUUUGCUCUGUUGCCCCGUCACCUAGCAAUCGCAGAGCAUAAAAUUCAUCUGGACAGACAAAUUAUGGUUUGGUAUCAACAACUAGUCCGAUUGGGAUAUGUACAAAUACGAGUGAUGUUUGUGAAACAAAUGGUGGCGUGUCAUGUGUUGUGAGAAUAAUGGGGUGUUUGAAUA